CAUUCCUCGGGAGCGUGUGCAGUGCUUGACUUCCGGGUUAGGCAGAUGGAGACGCACGUGUUGUAGAUCUGAGUCGCCGGUCAGAGAGAAGAACAAUGGCUUCUGACGCUGAGGAAUCCAAGGGAAAAAGGAAGAAAAAGAAAAUGAAGACUGAUUACACAGCACAUGAAAGCAUACCUGAGCAAGCACAUUUACAAACAAAAAAGAAGAAAAAAAAGGAAAUUGUGCCAGAGAAUGAUUGCAUUUCUGAAACUGUGCCGGAAACUCGUCAAGCCAUUGUCAAAAAGAAGAAACAGAAAAUGAUUACAGAAGAAUGUGAUGUUCCUGCGCCAGCUGAUCCAGAGAAUAACCAAGCUUUCACCAAAAAGAAGAAAAAGCAAAUUAUAGCAGAAGAAAAGGCCACUUCUCACAAUGAGCCUGAGAGUAACCAAACAGGCACCAAAAAGAAGAAAAAAACAAUUAUAGCAGAGGAAAAUGGUACUUCUGUAGACAAACCUGAAAGUAAAGAAAGGGCCACCCAAAAAACGCAAAACGGGGCAAACACUGUUUAUUCAGCUGCCUCCGAGGAUAGCCAAAUUGUUACCAAAAAGAAGAAAAAAAAGAUUAUGGAAGAGGAAAAUAGUGUUCCUACCCCGGAGUCAGAAGCGAACCAAAGUGGAGCUAAAAUGAAAGAGAAAAUGCCAGAUGAACCUGUUCCAGACUCUGAAGAGAAGACCACCAAAAAGAAAAAAAGGAAAAUUGUGUUGAAUGAAGAUGACGCUUCUCCGGUUGUAGAUGAGAGUAACCAGAUUGUCACCAAGAAGAAAAAAAAGAAAAUGAUGCCUGAGGAAGAUGACUCUCCAUCACACGUGGUGGACACUGCCUCAGUUAUCACCAAAAAGAAGAAAAAGGAUAAAGCAGUAACAUUUGAAGGCCAAGACAAAACUGAGACUGAAGCUGCUGUAGUGAGUGGCAGUAAGACAGAUCACAAAGUAAUAGACAAGAAAAAGAACAAAAAAAAGGAGCCCAAGUCUGAAAUUGGUAAUACAGAUGUUGUUAAUGAGGAAGGAAAUGUAACCGGUGCUGAAAGUACAUCAGAGUCUAAAAAGGGGGUAAAAGGUAAAAAAAAAGUUUCGGAUGUGCCAGAAGAUGAGCAGGCAUUUGACAGCCAGACAAAGUCUGGAUCUACUACACCAAAGAAGAAGAAAAAGACAGCAAAAACUGUUUCUUUUCUUGCAGAAGAUGUUAUGACUGAUGAGCAGGAGCCACAGGAUGAGACCUGUAUUGUAUCCAAGUCAAAAACAAAAAGUGAUUCUAGCCAUGGAGCUGAAGACUUGUGCGAAGAUGACACCCCAUCCACUCAUUUACACCAAGCGGAUGUUGAUGUAGGAUCUUCAAAGAAAAAGAAGAAGAAAAAACGAAAACUGUCAUUUCUUGGAGAGAUAGAGAGUUCAGAAUACAACACGGAAACUGCAUCUGAUUGCUGCCCAGCUGGACAUGAUGUUGGUGAAGGAGCGUUGACUGGCAGAGAAACUGCAUCAGAAAUACGUUCAUCUAAGAACAAAAGGCAGCUUAAGAAAGAUGGAGACAAAAAAUCACUGUCAGGUCAGGAUGAACUUCAAAGUGAAACAUCUGAUAUGAAAGAAAAAUGCAAAAAGAAGAAAAAGAAAGUCGGGGGAGAGCAGGAGAAUGCUAUUCCCAAGAAGAAGAAAAAGUAUGAGGAAGAGGCACUUGGAAGCUCAGCAGAAAAUUCAGCUCACCAGGAUAUGACGACAACGACCAAAGGCAAUGCUGAUGAAGUACUUAUUGAUACGGCCAGAAGAAAAGCCUUGCAAGAAGAGAUCGACAGAGAAUCAGGAAGCGUUAAGGCUACAAAAUUUGGCCAAUGGGACACCGCUGUAUUUCAAAGUAAUGAUCAGAAGUCAAAGUUUCUGAGACUCAUGGGUGGGUUUAAAAAGGGCAGUGAAGCUGCUUUGACAUCACCUGCAGACCAUGAAAAAGCAAACAUGGCCCUGGGAAAGGCGGGAGAGCAGGUGCUAGAGAGGAACCUUCAGUCGGAGUUUGACAAAGCUCUUUCGUGGAAGCAGAAUAGAGGAAUUGGAUUGGGAUUCCAGCCAGUGCAGAAGAAGACAUUUCACAUAGACAAAAGUAUAUCCAGAUCGGUGAAGUUUGAGUGAUGGGUCCGAUGCCAGACAAAGUUCAAUACCAAAGAUGUUUGUUAUAUGCCUUCUAAAAACGUUUGUGCCCGGACUUCAGUUUCUUCAGGCUAAUGUGGUUAACUAGAGAGGUACUGAUUGCGUCGAAGGGUCUCAAGUGGGUUAUUCACUAAAGGGGAAGUUGGACAGUUUUAGUUUUAGUUUCAACUCCCUCUCAACUAUUAAUCAUGAAGGGACAAUGCUGGCAGACUUCUUUAGCGAGAAGGGCUGAGCUGGCCCUGCAUGAUGCAUAAUGCAGCAGGCAAUAAGAUUACAUUGAUUCACCUAUGCUGGGGUCGGACCUUCAUAAAGUAUAGUGAAACCAUGGACUGAAAACCGCAAUUCCCCGUGGGCUCUUCUUUUUAGUGAAUGGACCCUUUUCUGGCCGAAGCACGCUAAUUUGUCUAUAUCCAGAAUUAUUCCAAACUGGAAGAUUGAGAAUUUAUACAUCAUAACAAUCAAAGAAUCUUAAAUUGUUUACUUCCGUUACAGAUUUGUACGGUCUGUUCCUGUGUGAAAACAGGUCCAUUGAUACAGCACUACAAGAUAUUGCUCAUAGUACAACAUUGAAAACGGUUUUAUGUAAAUGUUCCACCGUAUAUUUUGUUUGUAAACAAUAAAAAAAAGGCUAA